GGGGCUUACCUCGCUUCCUCACGCAUCACGCUUGUUUCCUGGUCGUUGCUAACAACCUGCUGCCUGCAACUUCGUCGCUCCGCCGCGCACUCAUGCGUUGACGGUUUCCAGCUGUGCAGUUUUUUGGGGGGGAUGUGUGCGGGGAUGACGCCGUGUCGACGCUGAGCGCAGGCGGACUCUGAGCUCCGGGCCGGCCGCAUGCUGCUCCGUGUCUGUCCGCUUUCUGACGCUUGGGGUUUGCAGUCUGGCCUCCAGCCGCGGCUGCGAAUUAAACUUCGUUUCUCAGCGUCGCCUUGCUCUGAAAUCAUGUUUAUUUUAUAAAGCAUGGCGGUGAGGGGGACACUGUGAACUAAAUGACUGUCAGAAACAUCGCCUCCAUUUGUAAUAUGGGCACCAAUGCCUCUGCUCUGGAGAAAGACAUCGGCCCGGAGCAAUUUCCAAUCAAUGAACACUACUUUGGAUUGGUCAAUUUUGGAAACACAUGUUACUGUAACUCAGUGCUCCAGGCGCUCUACUUCUGCCGGCCCUUCCGGGAGAACGUGCUGGCUUACAAGGCCCAGCAGAAGAAGAAGGAAAACCUGCUCACAUGCCUGGCUGACCUCUUCCACUCCAUCGCCACACAGAAGAAGAAAGUGGGCGUCAUCCCGCCCAAGAAGUUCAUAUCCCGCCUACGGAAAGAGAACGAUCUGUUCGACAACUACAUGCAACAGGACGCCCACGAAUUCCUCAACUACCUGCUGAACACGGUGGCCGACAUCCUGCAAGAGGAGAAGAAGCAGGAGAAGCAGAACGGACGCCUCAAGAACAACGGCACCGCCGUCACCACGGAGACCGAGAUGGAGAACAAGACCGAGCCCACAUGGGUUCACGAUAUCUUCCAAGGCACACUGACCAAUGAGACACGCUGCCUCAACUGUGAAACGGUGAGCAGCAAAGAUGAAGAUUUUCUGGAUCUUUCUGUGGAUGUGGAGCAGAACACAUCAAUAACACACUGUCUCAGGGACUUCAGUAACACAGAGACUUUGUGCAGCGAAUACAAAUACUACUGUGAGACAUGCUGCAGCAAGCAGGAAGCACAGAAGCGGAUGCGUGUGAAGAAGCUUCCCAUGAUCCUGGCGUUACACCUGAAGAGGUUUAAGUACAUGGAGCAGCUGCACCGCUACACCAAGCUCUCCUAUCGAGUGGUUUUCCCCCUAGAACUCCGUCUGUUCAACACGUCCGGGGACGCAGUUAACCUGGAUCGCAUGUACGAUCUCGUGGCUGUGGUGGUUCACUGCGGCAGCGGUCCCAAUAGAGGUCAUUACAUCACCAUAGUAAAGAGUCACGGCUUCUGGCUGCUGUUUGAUGAUGACAUUGUGGAGAAAAUCGACGCCCAGGCCAUCGAGGAGUUUUACGGGCUUACCUCAGACAUCUCCAAGAACUCUGAGUCGGGAUAUAUCCUCUUCUACCAGUCAAGGGAGUGACUGGAGCUGGAUCAGUGACACACAAGAAGACUGAAUAUGAUUUUUAUUUUUUUUUCUAAACCUUAAGCUGAACCCAGAAACUCCUGCCAUCUUCAUCCCAUCCUGCUCCCAUUCUCCAUGUCAGGCCUCUCUGACGUUAUGUGCCAAUCCUCUGUCCUAACCUGUGCUACACCCCCCUCUCUCUCUCUUUCUCUCUGUGUACUUUGCUUCUUGCCUUUUAGUCACCUGCAUCUGGACUGCACUUUAAAACAAAAGCAAAAAUGUUCAACAAAAAAGGAGUCUGCGCUCGAUGUGGACGAGUUGGAGAAGCCUGCAGAGGUGAUUCUCUACCAGGAAGGCGGUUGAAGGUGCACAUACACACCGUUGUCAGAAAUUGUACUAUAUCAUUUAUAUGUAUAUAAGGUCUAUUUCCAUGAUGUGUCAUCCCCUCCCUCAUACUUUCUCCCCAUUACUGUCCAGUCCUUUGAUAUGUUCUUGUCCCUGGUGGAUGCAUGAGAAGUGAGUGAAGUUGGAGACGAACACUGUAUAAUAGAGAGGUUUCAUGUGUUUCCGGUGGUUUUGAAGCAAUAUCUGAGCAUUAAUUCGCAAACAGACAUCACAAGAUGAAAACUACCUAAACUAUAAUUGUAACUGUUGACCGUGUAGAGGUUUUGUCCCAUAGAGAAACACUCUGUGAGCUGCUGUCUGUCCGCUCAUGUCAGUAUAAGCAGACGCUCAAACACUUAAUCCAGCUGAGCCAAGCGCUCCGACACUACAUAUGAAAGGAAAUCCUGCUGGGUCUCCAUUCAAAUCAGCCUCUUCUUUUUUAUUCUGAUAGAAACCCCCUAUUUAUUAAACGUAACAUAUUUAUUAUAGUUAUUUGUAAUGCAGGCUGUUAGAUAAUGAAGGUGUGUCUGUGUGUGUGUGUAAUAUGGCUCUUUUUAGAGCUCUGUAUGUUUUAAAACUCUGUGUGAAGGAAAUGGUGUAUGUGAUACACAACUUUAUAGGAUGGAAAAAAUAAUUGGUUUCGUUUUGUGGUUUGCAUGAGACAGAUUAACACGAUGCAAGUGAGGCCCAACCUUUUUCGACUGACAUGAAGAAUAUAAUCGUGCAAUAAGAGGCGAAGUUGUCCGAUUCCCAGUGAGACUAAUAUAAAAAGUUUAUUUAAAUGUUAGUUAGUACACGUGUUUCUUAGCGGCUGAUCUUUUCCCAGUGCUGUGUCUGUGAUCUCAAAGUAAACGCCCCUCUCCUUCACCACUGUGUAACGCGCACUACCUGCUGGGAUUUUAACCUUCUUUCAAACGUUUUGUUGAGCUACAGCUCUUCUUUUUUUCCUUUGGUUUGUCUCUGACUUUGAUCAAUUUUGUGUGUGUCAUACGUAGCACAUUGGAGGUAAAAAUUCAAGCUUCAAUGUUAACUCAUACGACAUCCUUACUGUAUAUGUACUGUAGGUGUUUUUCUCUUCGGGCCCAGGGUUUGUGUGGCCGUGCCCUGUAGAAUAGUGCGACUUGUUUUUUCACGUAAAGACAUUCCUUUUUCCUGCACAUCAGAGGAAUCUCAAAUGCAUCUCAUUUAUAAAUAAGAGGUAGGAAUAGGAUUGAUUUUUUAGCUUUGUGUCUGUCUGUUCAGGAGAGGCAGGAUUUAAAGUGAAAACGGUCAAAAGUCUCGAACGCACUCGUUUCUGUCGUCUCUUCCAUUUUAGUCUGUUACUGGGUUACGUCACGAGGAAUACGUGCCAAACUGAAGUCAAUGCUGACUCUUGCAACAGUCUUCAACAGAACAUUAUUUUCUUUGUAAAGAUACAACUUGUACAUAUAUAUUAUGUAGAAAAAGAAAACACUUCUGGAAAUAGGAUAAUAUUUUUUUAAAGUGAAGAUCUUUAAAAUGUAAAGACACUCAUGGCAAAGGUUUUAAGCAUCACCCUGACCAUCGAUGAAACCCUGUUAAAAAAUACUGUUAUUUUACAAUCACUCGAUUAAAUAAUCAGUCACGUUUGUGCAGAAGUCACCAUCUGCCAUGUUGUUAUACUUUCACUGGGUUGAACUGAGCCAGGAUAGAAAACAGUAGCAGGAUUAGACCCAGGCGACAGGAAAAAGACUCUUAACGCGAUCUUCCAUUAACACUUAUGCACUCGCCCUCACUGAGACGCUCAGUCGUUGCACUUGGUCUUAUAUCUUACUGUGAUAGUGUUCUACAUUGGAGAGCUCAGGUGCAGAGAGUCCUGCACCAGGUGGGAUCUGAUUGAGCUUGUGGGAGGGAAAGAGGAGAUGAACCAGAAUCUCCAUUUGGCUGUAAACUGAAAGUGCACUUUAUUAGUGAUGAGCUUCGAUGCUUUAAUAUGAAGAACCACAGUUUAACGCACUCAUUUUGAGUUUUUUUUUCUUCUGUUCAAUAAAAUGACUAUCAUCUAA